AUGACUGUGACGGUGCGCCACGUGCUGUUUGUGCUUUCCCUCACGCUGUGCUGCGCCUGCGGGUGUAUGGCGGGGGUGCCGCAGAAUGGAAUGUCUGGCAUCAGCGCUAAUGAGCUCUCCGUUUCGCAAGGGGCGAGUAUAAGUGAAGCUGGAGUAGCACCGCAUGGUAUUGAUGAGGCACAGAGUAUUGCAAAGAAUGCUUCGGCCGCAGCGGUGGCGGCGUCAACGAAGGCAAACAAUUCGCUGAAGAUAAUACAAGAAGCCGUGGAUAGUGCCAAGGCUGCAAAGGAAGCUAAAGAGCAAAACGGCGUUACUUCAGGUGAUGCAGCGACUGCCGCAGAGAAUGCUUGCACAGAGCCCGAGGCUGUACUUUCGAUGGUUUCAAACGCAACCCUCAACACAACGGCGAAGCUAAUUGCAGUUGAGGCACUGACUGCACAGGUGAUGGAGAUGAAGAAAGAGUUUAAGCCUGUGGGCUCACAGACAGCAGUCGAGCAGGCUGACAAAGCCACAGUGAAGGCGUUCGUUUACGCAUUGGAAGCGGAGUGGAAGGCCGAAGAUGCCGAAAGGUAUGCAGGCGUGGCUGAGGAGUAUGCCAAGAAGUCUUGCAAGGCGGCGUUUGCUCCCGUUGAAGCACAGAGGCCUCCAGAGCCUCCUAAACAAGAAGCGAAUAUUCAGGUUCAGCAAGACGAAGCUGAGAGGGAGAAAUUGAAGCUGCAACAGAGCCUGCAAGCACAGCAGGAGCAUUUGAACACUCAGUCGAAGGAAAAUUCCCAGCUGGAAGUGCCGAGUGAGCCAUCUGAGAGCCCUCAAGAGAUGGGCCAGUCCGACAAUGGACCUGUUGCCGCGGAAGAAAACCCCAAAUCGGAAGAGCAGCACGCAACAGAUGACGCGAAAGGGCAAGAAACCGUGAGCAGCGCCCAGCAGCAGGCGGAGCCAAGCGCCGCGGCGCCGCCUCCCGUCAGCGCCCAACUGAACAGCAGCGCUGCCACCACUCUGACAGCGGACAGUAGCAACAUCCGCACAUGGGCGUGCGCACCUCUGCACCUGCUUCUGUUGGCGGCGCUGGCAUCUAUUGCCGUGUGGUGA